GUAAACAAUACGAGGAGUGGCUUACACAUGGGAAAUUUAAUCCUCAGUACUGAUGGUUUCUUCGCAAGUGGGAGAUAGGCUUCAAUAAUGGCGAAGACACCAGUUUCGCCGUUUGGAUGGGAGUAUAUCAAUGAUCUCAGUGUCAUUUCCGAAGAUACUGAUUCCGUUGACUUCUUGCUCCAUCGGCUCGAGCGCGGUCAGAUUUACACUUGGGUGGGUCCCCUCCUGCUGGCUGUAAACCCCGGAAACGAAAUCCUGAAGGAUCUCUACGAUGAAUCCCACAAAAACCAGUUCUCCAAAGACAUGGACAUGGUCCUCCGUAACGCACCCCCUCACGUCUACGCUAUUGCGAAUCGCGCGCGUUACAGACUGGUCCAGGGCCUGGGGCGAACAUCCCAGGUGAUUGUCAUCAGUGGAGAGAGUGGAACGGGGAAGACCUUCAACUCUCGACAGAUCCUCGACUUCCUCGCGGGGAUCGACAAGAACGCAGCCAAAUUGAAGUUCCCGGAUGGGGUCGACAGCAUUGCACAUGAGAUCGGUAAUGUUUGUCCGUUGAUUGCUGCCUUCAGUACAGCGAGUACAGAGCGAAAUCCAAGCAGUUCGAGACAUGGACAGCUUGUUCAGCUUCAGUACAAGGAAGGGGCCAUCAGGGGAGCCUGCGUGCACUCGUUUCUGCUUGAGAGGACGAGAGUCACUCGGAAUGCGGAUAAUUUCGAGAUUUUUUAUCAGAUAAUGUCUGGCCUCUCCCCCGAGGAGCUCUCCGCGCUAGGCCUCUCCCGGCGGGACAACUACGUAAUCCUCGGGGAGAGUCACCCGCCGCAGCCCCUCAAGUACCACGAAGCCUUCGCCUCCACAGCUCAAGCGAUGGAGACCUUAGGCUUCACCCAAACCCUCAAAGCCGAGAUCUUCCAAAUCCUCGCGCUCCUCCUCCACCUGGGGAACAUAAAAUUUCGUGAAGCCUCCCCGGAGAACUGCGCCCUGGACACGACAGACGAUCACUCCCAAAAGGCCAUCACCAACGCCUGCAGACUCUCCUCCCUCCAAGAGCACGAGCUCGACGAGCUCCUCACAACCACCCUGAUCUGCCCCAGAAGCACCAGAAGACGUCACACGAUGUACCGAAGAGUCUUGCGAACCACCGAGGCCUGUCGUCACCGUCUCUUCAGCAUAAUCCGCUGCAUCUACGACAGACUCUUCCACUCCCUCGUCGACCGCAUCAACGAGAUCAUCUCAGCCAAAGGUGACAAUCACCACUGGCUCGGAAUCCUCGACAUCUUCGGUUUCGAGUCCUUCGAGACCAACGGAAUCGAGCAGCUCUGCAUAAACUACUCCACCGAACGCCUCCAACUCUACUUCAUGGAGAACUACCUGGAGAGCGGCCAGAGGGAGCUCGAGGAGGAGGGCCUGAGAGUCCUCCCCCCGCCCCCGACCAUGACCAUCUACAGAAACCGCUUGGGAGUGAUCGAGCAGAGUCUCUUCACGACGAUGAACGACGCCUGUCAGACCCCGAUCCCCUCCAGUCCCCCCACAGUCUCCCAACAACUCCUCAUGAGGCAGUCCAAUGCCAGGGACUUCCUCGCUGUCCAAUCCCAGACCUUCGUCAUCACCCACUACUCCUGUCCCGUUCAGUACAACAUCCACGAUCUCCUCGAGAAGAACAAUGAUAAAGUCCCGGUGGAGCUGUCCACCACUUUCUAUCAGACUGACAAUUCCCUCCUGAAGGCAGUGACGAACGUCCCUGAGGACAUCUUCAACGAUAAUGGGAGGGUGGCUGCCAAGAAGUGCACGACUCUGUCGAAAUUGAAGAGCAGCAUGGACUCCCUGAUGCAGGAGCUCAACAAGUGCGACACUCAUUACGUCAGGUGUGUGAGACCCAGACGCUCGGGGGAUUGGGAGAGGGAGGACUUCAGGGAGCAGCUCAUCUCCUCGGGGAUUAUUGACGCACUACCUCUCGCCAAAUGCAAAUUUCCCAUUCGUCUGAGCUACGAGGAGUUCUCGAAGAGGUAUUAUCUGCCGGUGAUUUCCGGGGAUUUUAAGGGACAGUUUGAAGGGGCCUUGGGGGAUAUCGUGGGGUCGGAGAACAUCGCGGAGCUCAUGCACUUGGGGAUGAAGAGGAUUUUCAUGACUGAGGCGCUGUUCUUCGAGCUCGAGAGGUACAGGAAGGAGUAUAGGUGUGCUUGUGCCAGGAAGAUCGAGGAUUUCUGGCUGAAGCACAGAUCGAGGAGGAAUCGCGGCGGGGAGAGGCCUGGGGAAGUCCUCGUGAAGCCUGCGAUAAUCGUUACGAGACCCUCUUUGAAUCCGUUUGAAGAGGAUGAUGAUGAUGUCUUUGCAGAGGAAAAAUCGAGUGGCGAAGGGUCGAUGUCGGUUUGCGAUACUGAGGUCAAUAAUAAUGUUGAGAAGGUCGGGUUCAUACCGCAGAUCGCGCUGAAUGAUCAUAUUGUUGAUCUCAUGAGUCCGAUGGCUACUAGAGUGCUGAAGAAUUCUUCAGGGAUGCAGGCUGAUUCCGUCGAACAGCAGGUGAAUGGGGAUCUGGGGGGCUCUGGGGGGAGGGCGAAGGAUCGUUAUGUGGCUGAGUGGCUGGAGAACGUCUCUCCACCUGCUGGUGGGGUCGGCGGUGGUGGAGGUGGAGGGGAGGACGGAAUUGAGAGCCCCAGGAAGGAUGGGAAAUACGUUAGGUUUGGACGAAGUGAGGUAGCGCCUGGUUUUAACUGUUUAUCGAAGGCUGCUUGGAGCAAUGAUGGGUCGAGUGUUAUCUGUAUUGAUGGGGGCACGAGAUUGUUUUACAGAGACAGGGUGCUGAGCAAACGUCGACUUGCUGAGGCACCACUGAGGUUUCACAUCAAGAAAACAUGCCUCGUGAACUCUCACUUUCUCCCUCGAUCUGAAUUACCGAGGGGUCUCCAGGAUUGUCUCUAAUUAGAGAUAAAUAUUAAUUGAUAGGUUUGAGAAUUGGAAAAUUUAAAAAUGGGGGCGAUUGAAUUUAGAAUAAUGAAAUGAGCAGCUUUGGGACGCUGGCGUCAGUAUUUUAAUUUAAAAAAUUGUUAGAAUUAUUGUAAAUUAUUAGAUAUGUCAAUUGUUGUACAUGAACUCGUUGGGACGAUCAACAAUAAUAACAUGAAAGUGAAGAUGCUAAAAAUUACAUGAAGUGAUGACCGAGAACUUUCUUAAAUUGUGGAGGAAUAUCUCUCAGCGAAAUAAUGAAUAAGAAAUGGAUCAAAUUCAAUUCAUAAUAAUUAAAAUUCAUGUCUGUCAUGAUGAUAAUGAUGGAGAUUCUACGGAGGGUCAAGGAGAGGGCGGAAUUGAGAGCCCCAUAAAAAACGGGAAAUUCGUUAGGUUCGGACGAAGUGAGACAGCACCUGUUUUUAACUGUUUAUCGAAGGCUGCUUUUUAUCUGUAUUGAUGGGGGCACGAGAUUGUUUUAUAGAAACAGGGUGCCGAGCAAACGUCCACUUGCUGAGGCACCCCUGAGGUUUCACAUCAAGAAAACCUGUCUCGUGAACUCUCACUUUCUCCCUCGAUCUGAAUUACCGAGUGGUCUUCAGGAUUGUCUCUAAUUAGAAAUAAGUAUUAAUAAAUAGAUUUGAGAAUUGAAUAAUUGAAAAAUAAAGGCGAUUGUAUUUAGAAUAAUGAAAUGACCCGCUUUGGGACGCUGGCUCAGUAUUUUAAUGUAAAAAAAAUGUUUGUACUAUUAUAAGUUAUUCAAUACGUCAAUUUCUCCACAUUGAAUUAUUUUCAAAAUGAAAGUAAAAAUCCUAAAAAUGAAAUAAAAUUUUUACCAUCAA